AUGGAAAACGAAGCUGCUGCUAAAAAAAAAUUUGAGGAAGCCGAAAGGAAAGCUAAAGGAGGUAAAAGCUUUUUUGGAUUAUUUGGUGGUGGAAGAAAUGGAGAAGAAGCUUGUGAACUUUAUGUUCAGGCUGGUAAUUUGUUUAAAAUUGCUAAGAAUUGGCAUGCAGCAGGUGAUAGUUUUCUUUCUUGUGCUGAACUCCAUGGUAAAAGAACAGAUGGAAAACAUGACUCUGCCUCUAACUACGCAGAAGCUGGUAAUUGUUAUCAAAAAGUAGACCCUCAAAAGGCUAUUGAUUGUUUCACAAAAACAGCAGAUAUUUACACUGAUAUGGGACGUUUUAGUAUGGCUGCAAAAGAACAUUUUAGAAUGGCAGAAUUGUAUGAUUCUGAUUUUCCUGAUAAAGAAAAAGCCAUGUUUCAUUAUGAAAAAGCAGCAGAUUUUUAUAAAGGAGAGGAAGCAAAAAGUAGUGCUACAAAAUGUUUAAAUAGAGUUGCUCAGAUUGCUGCUGAGUUAGGUCAUUACAGAAAGGCAAUUGAAAUUUUCGAAGAAAUUGCUAUUUGGGAAGCUGACCAUUCAACAUUAAAAUAUAAUGCCAAAAAUCACUUUUUCCAAGCUUUACUUUGUCACUUAUGUAUUGAUUUAUUAGAUUCCCAACAAGCAUUAAAAAAGUACGAAGAUAUUCAUCCUGCUUUGGCUGAAUCACGUGAAUGUAAACUUAUAAAAGAUAUUAUUGCAUCACUGGAGGCACAAGAUAUUGAUGGAUUUACAGCUUGUGUAAAAAAUUAUGAUAAAAUUAGUAGAUUAGAUAAAUGGCAUACAGCUUUACUUCUAAAAAUUAAAAAAUCUUGUAAGGAGGGAGAGGAUGAUGAAGAAGAUUUAAAAUAA